AUGUGUGACGAUUUCGCAUUGUUCAGAGGCCUCGUGUACGAAGCUCGGCCAUGCAAUAGGCUCAAUAUAAACCUGAGUAGGAACCAGCCCAAUCAAGACACAAGUAAAAUAGGAGUCAGGCAACUCUCCAACAAUGAUAUAAAUGAUUGUUCUGCUGGUUGUCCUGCCGAACAAUCCAAACACUGCGCUGCGGUGGAAUUCGAGUGCCGUCACGGGUCACGUGUGACCAACCUCUCCGUCCCCGUUGAACCGCAGAACCCUCCGUCUUCAGAUCCGAUUCGAGAUUGGCGUUUUGUGAACCUACAACAGCCAUUUUCAGCACACAGUACGUCUUACACGCACAUUUCUCUGCUCACGCAAAUUCCAUGGAAACUAAUUGCUUUCCAAUCUGUACAGUCAUGGCGGGCAACUCCUCCCACCCUAUCCACAUCCACCCGGUCCGACCGCUCUACCGCUUCACUGCGACUGCAUUGGGCGCUAGCAUGUGGUUCUUCCUCAUGUACCGGGCCAAGAAGGACGGUGCCGCUCUCUUGGGCUGGAAGCACCCUUGGGACCACUGAUCCGAAUACAAUCGUCGAUUUCGUUUUUCUUGCGCAGCCGCUUCGUCCCUCGGGGCAGCGGUGAUUGUUGGGCCGCAUUGCGUACUAUGUACUUGGAGUGGAGAGAGAGGAACAGAGAGCCGGGUGCUGCCGAGUGCAUGUCAAAAGUCACAAGUGCCAGGCUCACGGUAGUCAUUUACUAGCCGAAUUGUAUCAUACCCUUUCUUUUUCAA